CUUAUUUAUCACAGUUCCAUCAUGAUUACUCUAAUUUCUGCCGUGAUUUUUUGUUUCUUGACCUCAGCCUUGGCCCAGCAAACUUGCUCUACUGAAGGUCAGUUCACUGCUGCUGCUGGCUACUAUGUAUUCUCGUGGUCAUUGCAAUCAAAUGGAAUGUAUGUUGACUGCAAUGUCUCUGUGAAUACAGCAAAUAACACAUGGGUUGCAGUUGGAUUCUCUGAAAAUCAAAUCAUGCCUGAUACUGAUGUCAUUAUUGGUGCUAAUGAUGGAACUGACGAAUUUGUAGAUGACAGGUGGAAUGGUGCAGACCGAAGAGCUGGACCAUCACUUGAUCCUAUGCAGAAUAUUAUGGAUACUUCAACAAUUAGGGAUGGCAAUAGGCUUACUAUUAUGUUCACCAGACCACUUGUCAGUCCUGAUACUAGUGGUAGAGAUGAAAAUCUUGAUGUAUGCCGUUAUGUCCUUUGGGCUUUUGGAGGUACAACCACCUUUGAGAAUGGUGAUGUAACUGCUCUUGGGGGCCAUUCUAAUAGAGGUGUCUUUCCAAAUCAGCUUUGCCUAUGUGCAACACCAACACCAACAGAGACACCAACACCAACAGAGACACCAACAUCUAGUGCUGCUUCAGUUGCAAAUGUCGCAGUUCUUACUUUUAUAUUUAUCUUUAUUGCUGCAAUUUUUUGAACUAACUAGAAUAGAUAAGUAUGUAGUGUCAUGUGAUUAUCCAUGAUUUUUGUUUGAUUUUAUUAGUUAAUACUUUUGCUAAAUUUAAUGUUUUGUUAAAGUUAAGAA